UCCUCUCCGCUUGUUUCUCGCUCCCAGUUUUCAGCCAGGUCCACACUCUUCGUCUGUCCCACGGGAAAUCUAUUAGCCUUAUAAUGGAUGACCACAGUAGCUCCUUGAAUAGUACCCAGGCUGGCCGAGCCAGACAAAACGUCAUUAAGUGUGGAUGGCUGAGAAAGCAAGGUGGUUUUGUCAAGACUUGGCACACACGGUGGUUUGUGCUGAAGGGAGACCAGCUCCAUUACUAUAAGGAUGAAGAAGAAAACAGGCCUCUGGGGACCAUUUUCUUGCCUGGUAAUAAUGUCACUGAACAUUCAUACAAUGGAGAUGAGUCCAGGAAGUUCCUUUUUGAAAUUGUGCCCGGUGGAGAUCGUGAUCGGAUGACCGCUAACCAUGAAACCUAUCUCCUCAUGGCCAGUGCACAGAAUGAUAUGGAAGACUGGGUGAAGACCAUUCGCAGAGUGAUUUGGGCUCCUUUCGGUGGAGGUAUCUUUGGCCAACGACUUGAAGACACUGUACGAUAUGAGCGCAGGUACGGGACACACCUGGCACCGACACUUGUGGAGCAGUGUGCAGACUUCAUUCGUCAGAGAGGACUGAAAGAAGAGGGUCUGUUCCGCUUACCUGGUCAGGCGAAUCUAGUAAAAGAGUUACAAGAGGCCUUCGACUGCGGUGAGAAGCCACUGUUUGACAGCAAUACGGAUGUGCACACUGUGGCCUCAUUACUCAAGCUUUAUCUGCGAGAGCUGCCAGAACCUGUCAUCCCCUACGCUAAAUAUGAUGAGUUCCUCUCAUGUGCCAAACUCUUCACCAAAGAACAAGAGAGUGGCAUGAAGGAGCUGAUUAAACAAGUGAAGACCCUCCCUCCAGUCAACUUCAACUUACUAAAGUAUAUCUGCAGGUUCCUGGAUGAGGUCCAGUCUUAUUCAGACAUCAACAAAAUGAGUGUUCAGAAUCUGGGAACAGUGUUUGGUCCAAACAUUCUGCGACCAAAGGUUGAAAAUCCAGUUACUAUUAUGGAAGGGACAGUCCUGGUUCAGCAGUUAAUGACUGUAUUUAUAAGUGAACACAGCAACUUAUUUCCCAAAGAAGGAGAAGAGAUUCAGGGCAGACAGGAUGGGUGCAAUAACAACAAUGAAAUACCAAAGAAAUCCUUUGUGCCAUUUUCCCCACCUCCCAACAAAGAGAACAAGAAGCCAGCUGUCGAACCUGUCCGUCAAUGCUCCUGGGAUAAUUCCGAGUCUCCCAAAAGGGGAAGCAAUGAGAAGGGGGGCUCUCCUACUGCACUGAAUGGGGGUAACAAAUCCAGCGGCAGCCCCAAGACCAGCCUGUGCAGAGUGGAUGUCAAUAGGAGCCCACCCAUCACCGUGAAGAAGAAUCCAGCCUAUUCUAAAGGCAGUGGGAUAGUGACAAAUGGGUCCUUCAGCAGUCCGGCAGAAAACCAGGAUAAAAUGCAGACAUUGCCAAAUGGCAGUUUGCAAGCAAGGAGAAACUCCUCCCUGAAAGGAACAGGGACCAAGAUGGGUACAGGUAGCAUGCAGAACGGGGGAGUGAGAAUGGGCAUCUCCAGCACAGAUAUGAUGAGUUCCUCUUUAAACAAUCGAAUUGCAGGGUGGAUGCCCAACGGGUAUGUCACGAUGAGGGACAAUAAGCCCAAGGACGCAGUAAACAGUGAAUCCACACAGCACAACAGACUAUCCACCUACGAUAAUGUUCAGCAGCAGUUUUCACUUUCAAACUCUGAUGACAAGCAGAGUGUGGACAGUGCCACCUGGUCUACCUCGUCCUGUGAGAUCUCCCUGAUGGAACAUUCAAACUCCUGCCGCUCCUCCACAACUACCUGCCCAGACCAAGACAUUUAUGCAGCAAAUUACGAAGACCCAGUUUCAGAGGGACCAGUGCAUGAGACAUCUAUUCGGACUGACUCUGAGAAUAAAUAUGAGCGAAGUAGCGGGGGCGGCUGCAGCAGUCAAGCUACGAACAGCAGUGAUAACAGCGACACAUUUGUCUCCAACACUUCCACUGGCAAUCACAGUGCCUUGCACAGUCUCGUGACAAGCCUGAAGCAAGAAGUAACAAAACAGAAGAUUGAAUAUGAAGCAAGAAUAAAAAGUUUGGAACAAAGAAACAUUGAGCUCGAGUCUGAGGUGAUGACACUUCACGAAGAGCUGGACCAAGAAAGGAAGAAGUACACCAUGGUGGAAAUAAAGAUGAGGAACACAGAGCGUGCCCGGGAGGAUGCUGAGAAACGCAAUGAGAUGUUGCAAAAAGAGAUGGAGCAAUUUUUCUCAACGUUUGGUGAUCUCACUGUGGAGACGCGAAGACCAGAUAGAAGUAACACCAUUUGGAUACAGUAAAGAUCGAAAGAUUAGGACAAUGGAUAACAAGGGGGAGAGUUAGGUGACUGGUCACCUGACUGGUGUUAGCACUCAUGCAAAUUCAAAACCUUGAAGGGGAGAAAUAUGUUUAAACUAUACUUGCCAGUAUUUUAAUUGUAUACUUACCAUGUUAUUAUAACCUAUAUGCUCCAUGUAAUUAUGCUACUGUUCAGUGUUAGAGCUGGUUGUGUAUAUAGCUUAAAUAAAAACUAAAUCUGUGGCACCUAUCAAAAAAUGUAUGUCAAACCAAGAAAGAAAUCUUUUAACGAAAGCCUUGUAUUUAAACUGCUACAGUUAAUAUUAUUAUGUUGCAAUCUAGCUUUUUAUCAAAGCUUUUUAACUUGCACUUAACAGCUAUUUUUGAGCAUUGUGGUACAGUUGGCCUGUUUUGUAAUUUUUUUUGUGACUUCCCUUUCUUGUUGGGGACAAGAGAAACUGGAUGAAUUUUAGAGGUUAUGCAAUGGACAAUGGGAUAUAUAAAGUUAAAAUAUUGACUUGUGUGGCGAUGCUUCAUGUGCCAUUUUACUUGUUCAUGACCAAAAAAGUGUACAUAUUUUAUAAAAAGAAUUAGCAAAUCAAA